AUGGAUGGCGCCACGGCGAAUGACCCAGUUUUUGAGAACCACACCAUCCCUGAGUAUGACCAGCUCAAUUCGAAUGACCUGGCUUCCAAGAAUGUCCGACAUCUGAAGAAUGUCCAGGUCCCUCCGAAUGUCAAGGUCCCUCCGAAUGCCACUGUCUUGAAGAACAACGUGGUUCAGACCAAUGUGGAGACCUUUGAAGCUUCUCCACCGGAGGACAACUUUGAUGAGGAGGGCAUCUCCUAUGCCCGCAAGAUGACGGACUAUGAGGCAGCUUUUGCCUGGGAAUCUAUGAAUGAGCUUGUGGAGGACUCCGAUAGUGUCUUCAUGGCUCAUGGUGGAAUCGCCUCCCGAGAGCAUUGGGACAUGCUCGAACUCUGUUGCAGCCCUGACAGUUUGCUGGCAGAUGCUGUUUUGAGAGAAGGAGGCUAUGCAGGUCGUGCUGGACUACACAACGGAUGUGAUCUCACGAGGCCCGAUGGUGUUGACCUUACCAUCAGCCUGCUUCACCAACACCGACCUCGCUGGCUUUGGGUAAGUUUUCCUUGCGGCCCAACAUCUGCAGUUCAAGCUCUCAAUGAGCGGACGGAAGAAGGAAGACUGAAGAGCCGCUUCCGGAAGCGGCAUGCGAGAAAAGUGCUUCGAGGAGGACUACGAGUUCUACAAGAGCAACUGGCCCUUGGAGGUGAGAUUGCAUGGGAAUGGCCUAGAAACAACAAGGCCUGGAAGCUGCCUGAGGUGAUUGCUUUCUGGGAGUCGUUGCGCUCUCAGAACCGCUCCUUUGAGAUUUUGGGUGAUGGCUGCAUGUUUGGGCUCACCAGUGAACAUGGUCCUGUUCGCAAGCCUUGGAGAUUCAUGGUCACCGAUCCUCAUGCUCUUCAAGGAUUGAACCGCCCUUGCUGUGGAAGCCAUCACCACGUUCCCUGCCUGGGACCCAUCGCACGCCGCUCGGCGUACUACACGCCUCAACUCUGCAAGAUCGUUGCUCGUGGCAUCAUGAAGUCCAAGGAGUUGAUUGGAGCAGUUCAUGAACCUGUGGAGCCAGAUCCUCAGGUCUUGGAAAAGUUGACGCCUCAAGAACUGCAAGUGCUCAUGGAGAGUGCUCGGAAGCUUCAUCGACUUUGUGGUCAUCCCAACAACCGAGCUCUUCUCAAACUUCUUCGAGCACGAGGAGCAAGUGAAGAGUUGAAAGCUGCAGCCAUGCAGCUGAAGUGUCCUGAAUGCAUCGAAAGCCAAACUGCGACUCCCCUGACGAAGAUUUCAGUGGAGCGAGAGGAAGUUCUUUGGAAGACAUUGCAAAUGGAUGGCUUUUACUUUCGCCAUCGAGGCUGGAUUCACCACUUCAUCCUCUUCAUGGACGAGGCCAGUUCCUUUGCAGUGGUGAAGGAGAUUAAGUUUCAUGAGGACGACCAGUCUGAGAAUGUCUCCACUCGCGAGGCCAUCGAGGCCCUUGAGGAAAGCUGGUGCCAGAUCUUUGGCUAUCCCUCCAAACUUCGAUGUGAUGCUGAGGGAGCCUUUCGUGGCACUGAACUGGCAACAUGGUGCUCCGAGCGUGGCAUCGACAUGCAGCGCACUCCGGCUGAACACCAUUCCUCCACUGGCUUGGUGGAAAAGGGCAUUGGCGAACUUCGCCACAAGAUGGAGACCUUCCUGCGCAAUGAGCCUGUUGAGCCAAAGAGAGCCGCUUUUGCUAUGACACAAGCACACAACCAUGUGACGAGAGUUGGUGGCUAUGCACCAGCUCAGUGGGCUUUUGGCAGAUCAGCAAGUGCCAAAGAGGACAUCGCCAUCUCCAGUUCCGAGGCCACUCCAGGUCACCAGAUGGCUGAAAGCCUACGACUUCGCAUUGAAGCAGAACAUCUUCACAACAAGUUGACGGCCGCCUCACGACUGUCACGAGCACAAAAUGCCCGGAGCAAACCUGUGAAGCAGUUCAUUCCAGGAGAUGUGGUGUACUACAUGCGGCACCGCACACCUCGAAGAGCACCUGCCAAUGCUGACGUGGACACUCCACGAAUGCGGAUCGCUCGUUGGUUUGGCCCUGCACGAGUCCUAGCAGCUGAAACCCGAAGAGAGCAUGAUGGAACUGUUUGCACUCCCGGCAGCACUAUUUGGCUGGUCAGCUGUGGUCGCUUGCUGAAGACUCAUGUUGAUCAACUACGACAUGCAAGCGAGCGUGAGCUGUUGAUUGCAAAUGCUUCACACACUAUGGCCACACCAUGGACCUUCAGCAUGCUCACUGGUUCUUUGCAGAAGGGCGCCUUCGAGGACCUGACCGCUUCACGAGCUGAGCGCUUUGAGCAGAGGAGGAAACAAACCUUUCGCCCACCAGCUUCCAAGCGACCUGCUGGUGAGCCUGAGGAGUUGGAUGUGAUCCCUGAAGCACCUGACAGUGAAGCCUCAUCUGAGGAGUUGCUUCGGGAUGAGGAUGUGCACAUGGAUCCCACACUCCGUGAUGGCAUGCAUCCUGAUGACUCCGAUGAACUGGACAUUGAUCGGCUUCUGAACGAUCCGGAGUACAUGCCACUACAUCCCCUUCAACCUCCUGGUGAACCUCCACCAGAACCGAUGGAGCAGGACUCAAGCUUCAAGCAAGCUCGAAGAAAGCGUGAGAUGGAUGAUCGCCCUCAUCAUGCCAAGUUUCCUCGUACCAGAAUCCUGAUCUGGUUGGAUGGUGCUCUGAGCCGAGACAGCCAUGGCGUUGUUCAAGGGGCCAUUGCAAGUCACGUAGACGACUUCAUCGUGACCGGCAACGAGGGGAAUGAGCUUUGGAUGGAGACCCUCAACACCUUCCACCGAGCUUUGAACUGGAGCCCUUGGGAGCCAGACCCCUACAUCCACUGUGGAGUGGAAGUGCACCAGCAAGCCAACUUCGGCUUCAACCUGAGCCAUGAGCAGUAUGCCUCCCAGAUCAAGCAGAUCGACAUCGACAAGACCUGUGCUCAU